AUGGCCAACCUUCCCUCCAAGCACCCAAACCUGACCCUCCAUCUGGUCGACCGCAGUCUCACACCACUCAUCACAUCCUCCAGGUCACAACCACAGGCGCAAUCAUUGGCAUCCAUAUCACAAAACGCAAUAGGGGUCUAUGAGACAGCGCAACGCCUUGGCUUAGGAAACCCGCAAAGGGUCAUGGUUGAACAUACGUCAAACGGCCCAGUUUUGAUGCACUCGUUUUUGAACCCUGCUGCUGAACAUUCUGCACCAGGCCACCAGAACUCCCACGUUGCACAGAGAAAGCUAGCACCCAUUGGAAACUACGGUAUCCGUGACCCGCCCUACACCGGGGCCGGGUCUGGAGUCCAAGUUCCAGGAGAGCCGGAUGGAAUGGACGAGGACGCAGCCAAUGCGCCUCCUCUCCUGCUAAGUACUGUCAUUGCGCCUGGUUCAGAAUCGGUUCUGGACGCCAGACGGGCGACAUCACGACUGGAGAGAGUAGGAAAGGAAGUCCAAGCCAGGUGGGCUGAACUACAGCAGUGA